GGCAAUGCUGCAGACAUGUAUGCACACAGCGGCACGUUUCCCCCGCAGGACCCCAGGGAGGACGAGGAAUCAGAGCUCAGCAUCUGGCUGAUUUUCAAGUGCACGUGAAGCAGCCUGAAUCAGAACAAGGCGACUUGGACCUGAAGCAAAUGCACGGGCCAGCGCAGACCACUGACCGCGGGCCAGGGUUGGGGCCUGGAGCCGCGGGUCAGGGACUGUGACCCAGGCGACCUCCAACACCCAUCGCUGCUCCACCUGCCCGCGGAGCGCACAGAGCCAGUCCAGGAGACCAUGGCCUGCUCCGCGCCCUUCCUGGCCUCCAUCAGCCACCAGACGUUGGCUUUGCAGACCCUGCAGCUUCUGCAGCAGGAGUGGGGCUGGCGGGACGGUCCGGGCGCCCAUGGAAAUUCGCGCGACUCGGACCACGUGUCCGCCGCCCCAGCGCUGCGCUCAGGCCCCCGGCGCUCCCGGGCGGGGCUGGGGCUGGGGGAAACCGCAGGGGGCCGGGGGUGGAGGAACGGGGGACUCCAGGGACAGGCGAGCUCCCCCGAGGUAGAGGUAGUGCCAGGCGCAGAGAGGGGCAAGGAACUGCUGCCCUGCCCCCGGGGCCGCGGGCCGUGCACCCUGGCCCGGGUGGCGAUGCACAGCGCACUGGCCCGCGUGGUGGACUCCACCUCAGAGCUGGUCAGCGUGGAGAGGACGCUGCUGAGCCCCCUGCAGCAGGAGCGAUCCUUCCCCAUCCACCUGAAGGAUAGUGUUGAGUUUAGAAACAUCUGCAGUCAUCUGGCUCUAUAGAUCGAAGGACACCAUUUUGACAGAGAUUUGAAUGCUGCUCACCAGUGUUUGAAGACAAUAGUAAAGAAGUUGAUUCAGUCACUUGCUAACCUUCCUUCUGAUGCUCAUGUGGUAGCAUGUGCUUCUUUGAGACAGAUCUUACAGAAUCUCCCAGACAUAUGGUGCUCAGGACACUGGAAUCAAAACCACAGCUAAGUACUGCUAAGAAAACUUGGGACCUUCCCUUCGCAACUGAAUCAGUAAACAAUGGGAUGUUUUGAUUCACACUAAAGAGACACUUGAUAAAAUAUAUAGCAGUCUGGCCAGUGGCAUCUGUACCCUUAUAGCAUGUUGGAAAAAAAUUUUAAGAUAGUACUUCACAUUUUUAAAUAUGUUGUCAUGUUUGAUGACUUUUUUUGAUGGAAACAUAUUCUACUUUGUGAAAGUAAUUGGAUUCUAUAUGUAUAUAAAUAUUUAUUAAUUCAUUUUAAGUAUUCAGUUUAAUUGAAUGAAACAUGAAUCUAUUUUUAUAUUCAUGUAGACCUAUGAGACUUAAUAUGGUUAUUCAUAUGAUUAAAGAUACAUGUUUUUUUAAAUUAUCUUGAAUAAAUGGGGUUUUGGAUUUGAUAUAUUGUACUUACUGAACACUUUAUUUUUUCUUAUGAGACUUAUCUUGAGCUAUUGUAGGACCACAUGUGUUGGUAAUUAUAAGUCCCAAUCUUUGCAUUAAUAACUUACUGUUGGGCAGGAGAAGAGCUGCUUCUAAGCCUUUUGCUUUCAUAUACUGCUUUGUAAAUUUUGAAUGAUAAUGAGCUAUGAAGUACCAGGGAUAUAUGAUAUGUGAAUACAAAUACUACAGUAUUAUUAAACUCAUAUGGAAACAUCUA